UGGCUACCGGUAACUGCUGGCUAAAAGUUAUCGCUCUAAGUCUAACGAGUAGAUGACUCUAAGACGUUCAUAAAUGCAUAGAUAUAUCAUAUAUGUCAUAUAUCAUUAGUCUAUGGAGGUGCCAAGCGGAUAAAUCGCAAGUUAGCGAUCCGUCAGGGCAAUCUGUGAUACCGGCAGAGUGAAGUCAAACAGACGAACUAAAACAGCUGAGCUGCUGUUUUGAAAAGAACUCACUCGUGUUUGACUGCAGCCACGGCACGAGCAGUACAGACGACAGGAUCACCAAAAUGUUUGCAGGAUCACCAAUAUUAUAACAUCGGUGAUCCUGCAGGAUCACCGAUGUUAGAAAAGUAUUUUCAACCCUGCUUGACGUCCGCAGCUAGCAGCGAUGGUAAUCGACAGGGUCUCCAGUAACCUCACUUCGUCCACAACGAUGUCGAGCAUUGCCUCGUCUGCUACGAGCGCCGAGGACAGCGACAACUCGAUUUUGAACUCUUCGUCUAAAACCUCGGAUGCAUUCGGGAAUUGCUUCAAGCGUCUUCCGAUGAGGAUCCAGGAAAGGAUGGAUUCUGGUGAUAAGUUCUUUUCUUUGGAGUUCUUUCCUCCGAAGACGUCUAGUGGAGCCGCCAAUCUGCUUGGCCGGAUGGAGCGCAUGGCGCAGGGCGGCCCUCUGUUUGUUGACAUCACCUGGCAUUCUAAGGGCGACCCGGGCAGCAGCAAGGAUACGAGCUCAACGACGAUCGCUGCAGCCGCCUGCAACUACGUCGGCGUCGAAACGAUGCUGCACAUGGCCUGCUGCAACGCGACCGAGACGCAACUCGACAAGUGGCUGCGCAAGGCCAAGGACGUUGGGGUCAAGAAUGUUCUGGCGCUCCGCGGAGAUCCAAUUGGUGACAGAUGGGAGACCCAGGACCAGUUUAACUAUGCCGUCGACCUAGUUCGUCACAUCCGCAAGAAGUAUGGCGAUUACUUCGUUAUCGCCGUUGCAGGUUAUCCCACAGGUCACCCGGAGGCGCAAUCGUACGCGGAGGACCUCAUGCGGUUAAAGGAGAAGGUGGACGCCGGUGCGGACUUCAUCAUUACACAACUGUUCUUCACCGCUGAGACCUACCUCAAGUUCGUCAGCAACUGUCGCGACAUCGGCAUCACGUGUCCGAUCCUGCCUGGAAUUCUCCCCAUCGUGGGCUAUCAAUCGAUGAAGACGAUCGCGACGCUGUCCAAGCUCGAGGUGCCGCAACACAUCCUCGACGCCGUGCACUCGAUAAAGGACAACGACGAGGCCGUGCGACGAUUCGGCGUUGACCACGCCGUCGCGCUCGUGCGCACGCUCUUCGACACUGGCGACGUCGGCGGCAUGCACAUCUACACGAUGAACCGUGAGGCGGCACCCAUCGAGAUCCUCCGCCGCCUCGGCAUGUGGCGCGAUACGCCGCCCGUGCGUGCGCUGCCCUGGAAGCUGACGGCGAACCAUCAGCGGCGCGAGGACGUGCGCCCGAUCUUCUGGAGCUCGCGGCCGCGCAGCUACGUCUACCGCACGCAGGACUGGGACGAGUUCCCGAACGGACGCUGGGGCGACUCGGCGUCGCCGUCGUUCAACGACAUCAGCGACUACUACCUGUUCUACCUGAAGUGUCCGUACACGCGCGACGAGCAGCGGCGCAUGCUCGGCGAGGAGAUCGCAUGUGAGCAGGACGUCUACGACAUCUUCCACUGCUACAUCACGCACCAGCCGAACAAGAACGGCUACAAGGUGUUAAGGAUUCCAUGGAAUGAGGAAGAGCUGGCUCCGGAAACGGACCGCGUUCACGUGGAACUCAGUAAGUGGAACAAGCUCGGAAUUCUGACGACGAACUCGCAGCCAAACGUGAACUGCGAGCCGUCGACUCAUCCCCAGGUCGGUUGGGGCAACCCGGGAGGCUACGUAUUCCAGAAGGCGUAUUUGGAGUUUUUUACAUGCACGGAAAACGUGGAAUGUUUAAAAGAAGUACUUGCAGAGUUUCCCAUGGUCAACUGUCACAUCUUGAACAAUGAUGGUAAGGAGAAUUACACCAACUGUCACAGCAUGGAGCCUAUCGCCGUUACGUGGGGUGUGUUCCCCGGCAAGGAAAUAGUGCAACCAACCGUCGUCGAUCCAAUUAGUUUUAAAUACUGGAAGGAUGAAGCCUUUGAUCUGUGGGCGGAACAGUGGGGAAAGCUUUACCCCGCCGACAGCAGGUCGCGCCGCGUGAUCGACUACAUCAUAGGCAACUACUGCCUUGUCAAUCUCGUCGAUAACGAGUUCCCGGGAAACUGCCUCUGGUCGCUGCUCGAGCGCAUGGCUGAGGUGCGACGACUGCGGCUGGAGGCUGCUCACAAGGACUGGUUGAGCGAGGCGCACGACAGCAGCAAGUUUGACAAAGCUUCAUUGGACUCUGGUGACACAGCAGGGAGUGAAGAGAUUGACGUGCCGCCUGGCGAUAUAUCUAAGGUUGUUUCAACCUGAAACCGUCCAUCCACCCAAUUCCCAAUAAUGAAUGCCAAGCAUUUUCAGUAUUUAUCAGCAGCUUUCCUUCCAUUUUACACAAAGUUGCUUGAAGAGUUUAUAGAAAUCGUUUUUAAAAUGAUUGUAACGUUGUGUGUGCGUUCACGAAGCUCAGCGUAUAAACAUGUUUUGUGGUGUUAGCCAUUGCUCAAGGAUAAUGAGGUUAGGUGCGUGUCACUCUGUGCAAGUAAGUGUGCUUCCACACUACCAAAUGUUCUGUGACCAGUCCCACUGAUUUUCCUAGUGUUCAUUGGAUUUUCGUGCAUUAUUUAAUAAUGACACGACUAUCAGUUUGUACUGGUUGUCCUCUUGGUACUAAUUAAUAUUAUAUUAUAUAAUAAUUAAUCUUAAUAUUAUUAAUAUGUGGCAUAUCUCUAAUUCACAUAAAAAAGAAAUUGAAAGUUAUCAUUUAAAAUUGCAAUCCCCCUAAUAAAAAGCUGGCAUAAUAUUCGCAGACAUAUUAUCGUUUCUUAACGUUCGCAUAAAAAUGUCCCAAUGAAUAAUGCAACAUUUAGCAUGAACAAACCUUGAAAUAAAUUGAUGAAUAUAGUUAAUAAAAUGUAAACAAACUGAUAUGUCUGUUCGUUAAAAAUAUCCUUGAGCAUGUGUGUGCUGUAGGUGGUACCCUCUUGGUAAAGUAGCAUUCAGAAAAUAAUCUCUUUAUCAAACUUACGUUCGUUAAUAGAUUUUGGCACAAUGGUAUGAUUUACGGUUUAUUUGCGUAUUGUUUUGCAUGGCCUGCACAAAUAUAUGCCACGAAUGUACAAAUAUAUGCACAGAGAUGGUAACCCUCUCAGGAGUAGAUGUAUAGUUCCAACAAAGCAUACAGGAUGCUUUUCUCGAUGUAAACAUUGGAACUCGUGAAUCAAUACAGCUUUUGUGGUGAGUCCUGUAUCUCAUAAAUAUAUUGUUAUGCUCAAAGUGCACACACAGAACACUACGUUGAUUUGCUACACAGAGAUUUCGGGGGGAGGGGAGCAUGCCCCGCCUGUAAAAUGCACCCUAAUAAGAAUCUGGUCCCGUUUGCAUAAAGCUAUGGCAACAUUACGAUACUCUAACGUUGUACACUAGAAAACGAAACCACGACCCAUCAGAUAUCACGAACCAUGAUAUCUGAUGUACCACGAUGUACAAUCGACAAGGUGGGUAUAAUUUUAAAAAUGGGUAUGAGAUUUAAGAUAGAGAUUUUCUUGAUGAAAUGGUGUAGGGAACAUGUGAACAUGUAACAGUUGUGGCGUUUGAUGAAUUAAAACGCAUUCAUAUUGUAUCCGCAUUCGCAUUCGCAUGAAUUAAAAUGUAUUCAUAUUGUAUCCUGUCGAUGGAAAGUCUAUGGAGGCUGGUUAAUUUAUGACUGGUAACUGAAAACGAGUGUCACUAUGUGCAUGUUUAUGUAAUGUUAGUAUCUAGAUGUUUAGCUAAACCAAGUGAAAGUUUAUAUUAAAUUUUUAAUCACACCUGUUAGUUUGACCUAUCAUAUAAACUACUUCCUCUCUCGUAGAUAGCUGUUGUGUAAUUAUCAAUGAUUAUCAUUAUUUUUCACAACACUCCUGGUAGGGAGCAGUGUCAUCUUAUUUCGCAGGAUUUGAUUUCAAAUGGUCGUUAUUUUUUAAAUCAGUUCAUCAUGUCUCGUUCAUUUCUGUAGUGCACAGAUGGUACGUGCUGGUCAAUAAACUGUGUCACACUAAAUAUGCUGAGAAGUGGA